AUGAAGUCAUCGUUCGCAACCUCCUUAGGUCUCCUCGGUCUAGCCACCGCCGUCGCGCUCCCUACCCCCAAUGCCGACCCCAUCGUCCGCAUCCUCCCACCAAACUGGGCCUUCAAUAUAACCUCGCUCCGUGGCCCCGGUUGCCCCGACUUCGCCGAGCCCUCUACUGGCUUCAAGACACGCCUAACAUACGGCCAAAACACCAUGGAUGGCUCUGAGAUCUAUUACUGGCAUGUCGCAUACCCUCAUCUGCGUGCUAGUCUUGCCGGUGAAGACCAUAGCUGGUGUGAGACGGAGUUGAGCUAUUCAGAGUAUGCGGAUGCAGAGCAGACCAAGAAAGGGGAAAACUAUAGGUUGAGACUUCACAAGAAUGGCACAAAGGUUCUUGCGACAUAUGACCUUGACGAGGCCGUUAAGGCGAAAUGGCAGGUUACUUAUGAUACUGAACGUGGUGAAGACAUCACGGACGAACUCACUAUCGCUGGGCCCCAUACAUCCGGCCAGUAUGCCCAGUCUGACAACUCGCCCGUCUCGAAGAACCCAGAACUCUACAAGCUGCCCAAGUGUGGUGCAGGAAAGAUCAAGUUCAGGACUGAUCUCCACAUUGUGGGUGAGAAGGGGAAGAAGGGCGUUGCGGAGAGUGAGAAAACUAAGUCGGCUGAUGGUAAGGAGCAGUACUAUGGGGCACAGGUGGGGUGGAGCUAUGACUGGGAAAAGUGUGUGACUAGUGAUGUGUGA